AUGCUUCGUAGAGGAGUGUCGUUGCUGAUCGGUGGCCAAGCGAAACGAAGCGUUGGUGCUCGUUGUGUGGGUGACGAGAUGGCGGUUAGAUACGAAAGUGCUGCUGCGAAGCCUCAACGCAGUCAGUAUGUACCACGACGUGCUGUUCUCUACGUGCCUGGAAGUAGUGAAAAAAUGUUGAAGAAAGUACCACAGAUUGAGGUGGAUUGCUUGGUACUCGAGAUGGAGGAUGGUGUAGCGAUGAGUGCCAAGGAAGAGGCACGCCUGAAUAUCCGUAAAUAUCUGGAUGAACUGCCCGCGAAGGGAACGCAUAAAUGCUUAGAAUUAGGUGUGAGAGUGAAUUCGGUGGCUAGUCAACUCAUUUACGAGGAUGUUAAAGAGGUGGCAAAAUCAGAGAAUAUGCCCGAGGCGUUCAUGAUACCGAAAGUGGACUCGAUUGAAGACCUGGCUGCGGUGUUUGAAGCAUUCAGAUCGGCAUAUGGCGAGAAACGGAUCUCGGAAUCGAAUACACGAUUAGUGAUCUGGAUCGAAAGUGCUCGUGCGCUGUUGGAUAUGCCGCGUAUUUUGAACGCGGCUGUGAACUUAAACAAGUCAACGGGAUUCUUUAAAGUUGACGGCGUCGUUUUUGGAUCGGAUGAUUUUUGUGCGGAUAUUGGUGCAACUCGGACUAAGGACGGUCGAGAGAAUAUUUAUGCACGACAGAGAUUUGUGACAUGCUGUAAAGCAUUCGGACUCCAAGCGAUCGAUUCGGUUUAUAUCGAUAUCAAAGAUCAACAAGGAUUGAAAGCACAAUGUGAAGAAGGUCGUUUAUGGGGAUUUGAUGGUAAACAGGUGAUUCAUCCAUCACAGAUCGACGUUGUUCAGAGUGCCUUCUUACCAUCAGUUGAACGAGUGGAGUGGGCUCGUGAACUGAUGAAAGAGUUCGUGGAGCAUGAGAAGAAAGGGAAGGGCGCAUUCAACUUCAGAGGGCAUAUGAUCGACAAACCUCUGCUGCUGCAAGCAAUGAACGUCGUCAAAAUGCUCGACAGGGUUAAUAAAGGACGUCAGCCGUGA